UUAUUUAUUUUUUUUUUUUCAUAUUUGAUAUUUGAAAGGCGACGUAGCAGUCAGAUUGCGUUUGGAGCAGAUGUUGCGUUUCGUUCAGAGUUUGCGGCUCAGCAACAGUUUGAAAGCGCCGGAACUGUCAGCGGCUGCCGCUGAGAUUUAUCGGCAAUGUUUCGCUGAGCUGGCUUCCACAGCCGGUCUGCUCGAGCGGCACACGUCCAACGGGGAGCGGUCCGCUUUGCUGCACUGCUUCGAUACACAGCCGAGUAAUCAAUUGGAGAGCAUAGCGCCCAGCGCCGAUGAUGUCUGGAUCUUUGGCUACGGCUCGCUGGUGUGGAAGGCGGACUUUCCGUAUAUCGAUCGCCGGCGCGGAUUUGUCUGCGGCUAUAAGCGUCGCUUCUAUCAGCACAGCAUCGAUCAUCGCGGCGUGCCCGAGAAACCAGGACGUGUGGUCACCUUGCUGCCGGGCGACAUGGCCGCGGACCGUGUCUAUGGUGUCGCAUAUCGCAUAGCGGCCACCCAAAAGUCCCAGGUGCUGGAUCAUCUGGAUUACCGCGAGAAGAACGGCUACGAGCGCUGCAAUCUGGAGUUCCAUGAGUAUCCGGCCGCCACAAUGCCCAUCGAGGUCAUUAUGUAUGUGGCCAGGCAGGCAAACGAUUCGUAUGCGGGCCACGUUUGGCAGGUGCCAUGCAUUGCCAAGCAGAUCUUUACCUCAGCCGGUCCCAGCGGUCCGAAUCGCGAGUAUUUAUUCAAUUUGUCCAUAGCCAUGCGCGAACUGUUCCCAGAUGCUGUCGACGAGCAUCUCACCGAGCUCGUCGAUUGCGUACAGCGCUACAUCGAGAGCGAGGAGCCGGUGCUGUUGGAGCGGGCACUGAGCGCCGAGAUCGCGAGCAUAUUGAGCGAAUGCUUGGCCAAAGAUGCACCCGUGCCGCUGGAGGAGAUUGCGCAGCGCUUGGAGGCGUUGCGGGCAUGUUGCCAACGGCCUGGCUGGCGUGAAAGGUUGCUUAACCAGGAAUUGCAGGGUCAGAGCUCCUGACCGACAGACUGCAAUUCCAUGGGACGAGCUCCUUCUGAUUUGCUUCUGUUUUCUUCAGUAUCAAUCCUUUAGUGUACAUGAUUUGUAAAAUAUUUAAAUAUACAUAUACAUAGAAAAUGGGGGUACAGAUUGU